AUGCUCGACUGGAUCGAAAACGCGUGGAAGCCUAUCGUGACGGAGCCAUCGCUACUGAUAUUAGAUAGUUUGAAGGUUCACAAGAUGGCGGAAGUGCUCGAUGCACUGGCGUGCACUGGGACGGCCGUGCAGUUCGUGCCCGGCGGCUGCACGGGGGUGGCCCAGCCGCUGGAUGUUGGCGUCAUGGCGCCGUUGAAACAGCCCAUUCGCAAGUGCUACUCGAACCGUCCAGCUGUAAGACCCCGCAAGAUAACACCGGGUGAGCGUCGAUACGGCAUGUACUGCCGCGCGAUAUCGGGCUGGGAGAGGAUCACCGAAGACACAGUGCGCAACGCGUUUCACAAGGCGGGGCCAUUCGUUCAGUACGGCCCUCCACUUCACGGUUGA